AUGAAAUUGGAAGAGCUUUUAAAACAUGGAUUUAGAGGUGCUAUUUUGGCUCUUCCAUUUCUUACUACGUUUAUGGAUAAAAUAGCGACAAUAUCACUUGUUGAUGGUACUUCAAUGCAGCCUCUUCUUAAUCCGACUGGUUUACAUAGUGAUUGGGUCUUAAUAAAACGGUGGCAUAUGGAUGAUUAUUUUUUACGGAAAGGUGAUAUUAUAUCAUUUGAAUCUCCUCGCGAACCAGGUACAUAUAUGAUUAAACGUGUAAAAGCAUUAGAAAAUGAAAUGAUUUACGAUACAACAAAACAAAAAGAAACACGAGUGCCACAAGGACAUCUAUGGGUUGAAGGUGACAAUAAACGUGCAAGUUAUGAUAGUCGUCAUUUUGGUUGUGUUACUCGAGGUUUAGUAACUGGGCGAGCCUUAUAUAUUAUUUGGCCACCAAAACGUUUUGGUACUAAGUUAACAUUACUCAAUGACGACGACGACUCCGACAAUGAUGAUCAUGAUGAUUAA